AUGCCUCGCACCAGCAAACAUUUGUUAAAGGCUGCUGAGACUGCUCGUGCUGCCAAAGCUCACAAAAAAAAGCACUCUCAUCUUCCAGAGAUCCCUGAGAGUUUGGCCACAACUACAGAUGAUGAAUGCAACUGGGAUGGCACUGUUAACUUGGUCCCACAAAAUAAAGUCGAGGCAGGGCCUGAGUGCUCUGAGUCUGGCAGUACUGAUUCUGAGUUAGAAGUUUGGGAACUGGAAGGUGAAGAACUUAUUCAAAACUUGGGUCAUUGCAUCAACAAGGAACAAGAGCUACUCACAACUGCUCCAUGGCCAUACUAUGAGAGGUUACAGAAGGGUGUUGGGGUCCAUGCUAUUCGAAAAAUGGGAACAUUGGGCGAAACAUGUGGAUGGAUGCAUACAGAAGUGGGCUGGGAGCUAAAGAUGCUCAGUUUCAGGUAUCAAAAUUUCAUUUGGUGA